AUGAGCUCUACCGUUCAAAAGUCUGGAAAAUGUGCAAUUUGUGCAUUUAGAGCGUCAGAAAGGUUUACUGUUUCUCGAUGGCAAAAUGGUGCCAAACGCCACAGAACCGACAGUGCUCCCAGUCCUUCUCCGAAUCAUAAUUACUCCUUCGAGGUCAGAAGAAGCCCCCUCCGCGCCAGUAAUCGACGGGUCGGUCGUUAUGGGACACGCCGCGUAGAUAAUGGUGGCCGUGAAGAAGCAGCCGGGCGUGGGGAAGCACCCGCAUCAGGGUCAUACGGUAUCUUUGCUGGUAUUGUUCACGAACAGGUCAAAAGGAAUCGGACAAGACAACUUUCCAAUCUCGAAGCAAGAGCAACACCACAAGGACGCACCAAAGCCGAGCUUCGUCAAUCCCGUCAAAACCUCGUGUUACAACUCGACCAGUUCGGCGACUUGGUGCACGAAGCAGCCAGAAAAGCCCAAGCCGCAGGGCAAGUCACACAGGCCGAUAACCCUCUUUUCUUUGCCUUUAGACAGGCAUUUGUAAAAGGGCACCUUUCCGGGCUAGCGGAGGAGGUUAGAUACAGAUUCAUAGUGUCAGCAUUGGACAAAGAAGAAGUCAGGAUUCAAACUGAAACACUUCCCUUUCAGAAGGCUAUAGCGGAUCUAACGCAUCCUACAGAGUGGUUUCCAGCUACAAGAGCCAUACAACGAGUGGUUCAUCUGCAUAUUGGGCCUACCAACUCUGGAAAGACAUAUCAUGCUCUGAAAAGACUUGAACAAGCAAAAAGUGGUAUUUUUGCUGGACCCCUCCGGUUGUUGGCUCAUGAAGUUUACACGAGGUUCAACGCCAAGGGGAUCAAGUGUGCUUUGGUGACUGGGGAGGAACAUCGAGUUCCAGACGGUAUGGAGAACUUUAUGAACAGUUGUACGGUCGAGAUGGUUCCCCUGAAUACUAUGGUCGAUGUUUGUGUGAUCGACGAGAUUCAAAUGCUGGGCGACACAGAACGGGGUUGGGCUUGGACGAAUGCCUUUCUAGGAGUCCAGGCGAAGGAGCUUCACCUGUGUGGCGAGGUCCGCACUGAACAACUUGUCAGAUCACUAUGUAAAGCCAUGGGAGAGAAGCUAAUCAUUCAUCGGUAUGAGCGCCUUGGUUCCUUGGAAACGCAGAAAAAUCACGUGGACCAAAAGAACUUCAAAAAUCUUCGAAAAGGCGAUGCCGUCAUCCUGUUCUCACGUGUGGCCAUCCACGGUGUGAAAAAAGAUAUUGAGAAAGCGACGGGGAAAAGAUGUGCUGUGGUCUAUGGCUCUUUACCACCAGAAACACGUGCAUCACAAGCGGCUCUGUUCAACGAUCCAGAUAAUGACUACGAUUUUCUUGUCGCGAGUAACGCAGUUGGAAUGGGGCUUAAUCUGAGCAUAAAACGUGUCAUAUUCAGCACGACUUGGAAACGCAACAACGAUGGACUUGGCCAGCUUGAAACAUCAGAGAUCAAACAGAUUGGUGGUAGAGCAGGCAGGUAUAAGACUGCACACUCCGCAAUCAAACAAGCGAAUGUCGACAAUUCAAACGCCAGUGUGGCUGUUACGGCACCUGCUGUGACUUCCAAGGCAGCCACAGGCUUCGUAACCGCAUUCAGCAAGGAAGAUCUAGAUGUCAUAACCAAAGCAAUGAGAACGGACGUUGAGCCAAUGAAGACUGCUGGUAUAAUGCCUCCAGCAGAUAUCGUUAUGCGGUUCGCAGCCUUCUUUCCCCCGGAAACCGCAUUUAGUUACGUCCUUCUAAGGUUAAAGGAACUGGUCAAACUGAACCCACACUUUCAUUACUGCUUCAACAAAGAUGUCGCUGAAAUCCUCGACUUGAUCCAACCAUACGACAUGACACUCCCCGACCGCGUUGCCUUUGCAGCUGCUCCGGCGUCACUCAAAAACAAUCCGCGAACUGCAGCUACCAUCGUGGAUUACGCUAAAGCCCUCUCCAAAAGAGACGGCCGCGAUCUGUUAGACUUCUCAUCCCUUGAUCUCGACAUCUUGGAUCAUGAUAUCCACGAUCAUAUAGAGGGAGUAAGGGGCUUCUUAAGAGACGCUGAAACUUUACAUCAGUCUCUUACUGUUUAUCUAUGGCUCAGCUACCGCUUUGCUGGUGUGUAUAGACAACAGGCUCUUUGCUUCCAUAUCAAGAGUCUGGUUGAAGAGAAGAUUGAUCAAUGUCUCGAGGAGAUUAAUUUCAUCCCUCCAAAGGCGGUUAGGGCUAGCAGGUAUAUCCAGCGUAUGAGUGAUCUGGACCAGAUGGUGAAGGAUUUACAACUGGGUUCUUCUGAAGAAGGCAAGGAGGCUUCUGGGGAGGGUGCAAGUGACGUCCUCGAAGUUCAGGAGGAAGUCGAGUUUGAGGAGGAGGAUGGACAUGGCGAGUCUGAGAUCGCCGUCGAUGUUUAUCCCGCUGAUGAUUCGCCUGCUGAUGGCAAUAUCCCUCAAACACCUGAGUCGGGUAAGAACAUUAUUCCGGAUUUUGUACCGGAUGAAAUUCCAGAAGGAGAUCGCGUACGGGAUUCUGCUAUACUGUGA